AUCACUCAAAGUCAACGCCGGCGACGGACCGUUAACCCGCGCAGUUCCAUCACUAGGGAAGCUUUCCUACGCGCCAACUCAAAGGCGGCAUCUUUUAACUCCUUCCUCCUCCUUCUUCCAUCUCCAAACCCUUAUCAGAAGUAACAGAAUCACUUACACCUCCCGCCAUGGAAGAAGAAACCAGGAAGCUUCACAUCGUGAUGCUCCCCUGGCUCGCCAUGGGUCAUCUCCUCCCUUUCUUCGAGCUCUCCAAACGCCUCGCCCUUAAAAACCUCCAAAUCUCCUUCUUCACCACCCCCUCCAACAUCCUCCGCCUCCCUUCCAUCCCCCAAACCCUAACCCCCUUCCUCACCUUCAUCCCCUGUUCUCUCCCUGCCAUCGACAACCUCCCCUCCACCAUCGAAAACACAGUCGAUCUCCACUCCGAGGCCGCCAGGCCUCUCCUCAAUCAAGCCUACGCCGCCUUCGAACACCACCUCAUCGCCUUCCUCUCCGAUCCCUCUCGCCCCAAACCAAACUGGAUCAUCUACGACUUCGCCGCCACAACAUGGGCUCCAACCCUAGCCUCCCGAUUCAACAUCAACUCCGCUUUCUUUUCCCUCUUCAACGCCGCCGUCCUCUCCUUUUUCAGCCAUUGCCUCGACUGCAACUCACCGGAGAAGCUCACAAAAAUACCUGAUGGCAUCCCGUUCCCCACCACCGUCGCCUUCCGACCAUUCGAAGCUCGCCAGAUCCACUCCAUGCUUCGCAGAAAACCCGAUCGAACGGAAUCCCAACCACAGAUCAAACAAUUGAUGCUCAUCAGAACGUGCAAGGAGUUCGAGAACAAAUGGCUAGAUCUGCUCGGGGGCAGAUAUACCCCGGUGGGUUUCCUCCCUCCAUCUUCUGACGAGGAGGAGAGCGAGACAUGGAUGAGAAUACACCAAUGGCUUGACGCGCAAGAGGAUUCUUCCGUCAUCUACGCUGCUUUCGGAUCCGAGGCGAGGCUUACGAGAGAGCAGAUUGAUGAGAUCGGAUUAGGGUUAGAGCAGAGUGGACUGCCGUUCUUCUGGGCUCUGCGAUUGGGUUCCCCGCCGCAGGGAUUUGAGGACAGGACGGCCGGGAGAGGGCUGGUGUGGAGAGAUUGGGUUCCGCAGGCCCGAUUGCUUGCUCAUCCGGCGAUCGGCGGGUUUCUGACGCACGGUGGGUGGAACUCCGUUGUGGAAGGGAUGGCGGCUGGGGUAGCGAUGGUGGUUUUGCCGAUGAUGUUCGAACAAGGACUGAACGCGAGGCAUUUGGUGGAGAGUGGUUAUGGGGUGGAGGUGGUGAGGGAUGAUGAAGAUGGUUCCUUUUCUGGAGAGGAGAUUUGGAGGAAGUUGAGGAUGGUAAUGGUGGAGGAGGAAGGAGAGGAGCUGAGGAAGAAGGUGAGGAAGGGGAAGGAGGUUUUCGGGAGCGAGGAGCUGCAGGAGGAAUAUAUCGUUGAGGUUGUGAAGAAGCUACGGGAAAACAGGGAAGAUGGUAGCACAACUGGUUUGAUUGUAUGACAGUUAUUGUCCAAGGUGAUGAAUAACAACAUUUGGAGCAAUGAUCAAUUUGGCUGAAGAUGUUUAAGUGCCUCAGUGACCUAGCAAGAGCCCAGGUGCUCAAGAUGAUCACUAAUCAACUAGAAAAAUAGAGGAGGCAGAAAUUCAGCUCCACGCCCAGGCACUUAGGCACCCCAUCCAUCUCUUUUUCACACGUAGAAGACAGAUGAAGUAGAACCCAACCCCAAGCUCAGGCGCCUAGGCACCCCACUUGGACACUUUGCUCCUCUCCUUGGCGCAUAGGUUUCUGACAUUGCCUUUUGACGGUUCUCACGAUUUCAAGACAGUUUGAGCAAGGAGAAGCUUAAAAGAGGAGAAUUUCGAUAGGUUUAGAGGCAUGCAAUAUUAUAUAGACUUUUAGGUUCUCUCUUAGUGAGUGUAUAUGAGUGUGCGAGUUUGACUUCAUAUUGAGGGAAUUGAGAGGGAUUCAUGGAGAACAACACUUUAUAGAAGGAG